CAUAUCUGCACUCAGAAAAACGAACAUGUAGAGAGAGUUUUAAGGGAAGUUGAACAGAGAAUAUAUACAAAUUGGAUGACCUCAAAAAUAGAAAAUAGAAAUUAACAUACCUUCCUAGAGGUUCAGCUUCAAGAAUGGGUUGGAAAUACAAGGGAGGUUUGAUUCUAAUUAUUUGUGUUGUGUUCCUGUGGGUUACCUCUGCAGAAAUCACUCAGUCUGUAUUCACAAACUAUAGGCAUCCGUUUGCCUUGGCAUACCUUGCAACAUCUUUUUUGGCGCUUCAUCUUCCAAUAGCAUUCAUAAAGGAUUGGAUAGUGAGGAUCGUAAGAGAUGGAUCUUGUAGAGGUAGGAAAAGGAAGAAAGAAAGUGCUAGUAAGUCCAGUGCAAAUUCUAGUCCAAAACAUGAAAAAAGUGUUGGGAAUUUUGAGAUUGAACAUCAAGGAAACUCUGCAAAUAAAGAUUGUUGUCCUAUUAAUAUUUGCACCAAGGAGGACGGAUUUUUUAGACAGAAAGGGUUCAUGGAAGAGCUGGAACGUGACAAAAAGCUUACCACAAAGGAACUCGCUGCAUUUGGAUUUUGCAUUGCUCCUGUCUGGUUCUUCACAGAGUAUCUUCAAAACGCUGCAUUAGCUCGAACAGAUGUUGCCAGUACAACGUUAUUGUCCUCAACCUCAGGAUUCUUUACCCUUUUGAUCAGUGCAAUUCUCGGUGAAGACUCUGUAAAUGCGGUCAAAGUAAUCUCAGUCGUCAUAAGCAUGGCCGGGGUAGCGAUAACUACACUUGGAAGCACUUGGGCUUCUGAAGAUUCACAAUCAUGCCCUAAUAUAAAUGGGAAUCAUUCACUUCAAGGAGAUCUUUUCGCUAUCCUGUCCGCAAUGACUUAUGCACUUUUUUCAGUUUUGCUCAAAAAGUUCUCUGGAAAGGGAGGAGAAAAGGUAGAGCUGCAGAAACUGUUUGGCUACAUUGGAUUGUUCACGCUUGUUGCCCUUUGGUGGCUUGUGUGGCCUCUAAUUGCCAUUGGUAUCGAACCCGAGCUCGCCUUACCUCAUUCGGCUAAGGUGGAGAAGAUCAUUGUCAUAAACAGCUUCUUCGGAAGUUUUCUCUCUGACUAUUUCUGGGGAGUAGGUGUUGUAUGGACGUCCCCGCUGGUAGCUGCACUUGGCUGUUCACUCACCAUCCCUUUCGCAAUGCUGGAAGACAUGAUGGUUCAUGGGCGAAAGUAUUCGGUGAUCUACAUCAUUGGCUCAGUUCAGAAUAAACACCUCAAAAGUCACAGCUCAGCUCUUCGAUUACCACCUUACAACCGAAACAUCAUGCUGGUGAUACAAUCAUUAGAACAUUGAGGCAGAUAGGCAUCAAUAGUAAUACCAAAAAGAACCUUCACAAAUAUGGUUGGUAGUACUCAUGAGUCAAGCACAAAGAACAUUCAUCAAAAUCAAAUAAUUAUUUACAAGCUCAGCUUCAACAAUCUUUCAAAGAACAUUUUUAAAACAGCACGAAGCAACAACCAACUCAGCCUUUUAGUUUUUAAAUAGAAUCCAAGCACAUUCUUUUUGUUUAAGCAGCAUAUAAGAAUGCCUAAAAAAUCUAGUUAUCAACUCACUAAAACUCCCAUACAUGAGCUUACAAUGAAGAUAACUCAAGUUG